CAACAGCAGCAGCAACACGCCCAAAAGAACUUUGCAAUCGAAAACCGAAUUUGGUUUUGAAAGCGGCAACAUUAGAUGGACUUGCAAAAAAAGCGUUGCAUCAAGUUGCAACAUUAAAUGCAACCGAAGGCAUCUGCAGCUUCAUAAACUGCGAUUGUGGUGCAGGACCAAAACAUUUGCAACUGGUGUGGAGGCGAGUAGACGUACCCAGAAACCAGAAUCCAGCAACCAGAGACAGCAAAACACAGCGACAACCAAAGUGUUGCAUACUUGGCACAAAUAGAAUAGCGUGCGCGAGGAUACGGAUAAGGAUACGACUAUACGUAGAUACACAGAUACGUAGAUACACAGAUACGUAGAUACACAGAUACGCAGAUUUACAGAUACGUAGAUACACAGAUACGUAGAUUUACAGAUACGUAGAUACAAAGAUACGUAGAUACACAGAUACACAGAUACGCAGAUACAGAUACAGAUAUAUAUCCGCCACACUCCAUAGACGCAGAGUAGCGGCAAAAUGCCGUCGUCAGCAAUAAAUAAAGCAAUCCAAAUGCUGGCAAUCGUUCUCUGUUGCUGCUGCAUGGUGCAUGGACAACAGCAGCAGCAGCAGCAGCAGCAGCAACAACAGCAGCAACAACCACAACAGCAGCAACACUUGAAGUACCAGCAAUUGCAAUACCAAAUGCAGCAGCAAUAUGAAUACCAGCAGCAGCAGCACUACCAGCAGCAGUUUCAGCAGCAGCAGCAGCAGCAACAGAUGCAACAGCAGCAGAUGCAACAGCAGCAGCAACAACAGCAACAACAGCAGAUGCAACAGCAGCAGCAACAACAGCAGCAACAACAGCAGGUGGAGCACAUGGACUUGCUGUCCACUCAACCAACUCAGCUGCUGCAGACAGGCGUUUCCCUGAUUGUGGAGGAUUCAAAGGGCUCCAGCGAUGGCAGCGGCAGUGGAAGUGGAAGUGGAAUGGGAAUUGGUACCUCAUCCAGUCGUCGUCGCACCGCUCAGUUGGCCACUCGCAAGCGGAAACGACGCCCCCAACUGCCGCUGGCCACGAUGGGUGCCACGGAAGAGGACUCUGGCCCAGAGCCGACAUCUGCCUACUGGCGCGGUCAUGUGGAGGACGAUGCAGAUGCGUUGCGCAGAAGGAAUCAACCGCUGGUAAGGGAGCCCAUGGCUGCCCUUGAAAGAGAUCGCGAACGGGAGAACCAGCGCAAGCGGGUGGAGCCCACCGAUGCCACUUCGCAGGGCAGUAAUCCCAGCAAGGCAUAUCGUCGUCCCUAUGGACAGGCCAAGAAGGAGCCCAUGCCCAUGGUCGAGGCUGGCGCUGUGGCGCCUAGCAAGACAUCCGUGGAUUUGAAGAACAUACUGAAGAAUUCUGGUGGCCUGAGUCUCAGUGAAAUUCUGCAGCAGAAGAAUCUGUCGUUGGAUGAUCUGCUCAAGGGUAAACAGAAUGCUCUGUUGGCGUUGCAAACAACAGCCGUUGCACCACCAGCACCACCCACGUACUCGUCUGCCGGCACUCGAGUGGAUCCACCAAAGAAGUCGUCGAACCAACAGAAUAAACAGGGUGUAAGGCGAUUGCCAGCUGCGUAUACCACCACCAGCAGCGCUGGCAACGAUGAGGAUGAAUCUGUGGUAGCCAAAAGCAAGGCCAAAUUCCCCAACGCCCUGCAGCGCCUGAAGCUCUUUGGCAGCUCUUCGCGGGAGAGCAGCACCACAAGACGCAUUUUGGGUGGCAUCAAUGGGCACAGUAGCACCACCAUGGCCACCAGCACCAGUGCAAGUGCAAGCACGCCAAGCACCACCACACGGUUGCCACUCUACAAGAAGCGGCAGCAUCUGCGCUCCACCCUAAAGCCACCGGGACUCUUCAAGGCGAUCGCCAGCAGCACCACCACCACAGCAACGGCGGUGACCACCACUCAGGAAAUGGAGACCAGCACCGCUUACUCCACCAGCACCACGGUGGUGAGCAAUGUGGAGGACAGUCGAGAAGAGGAAAGGGAAAACUCGGAGGAAAGGGAAGAUGAGCAGGAUCAGAAGCAGAGUCAGGAGAAUCAGGAGAAUCAGGAGCAUCAGGAGAAUCAGGAGCAUCAGGAGAAGCAGGAGCAUCAGGAGAAUCAGAAGCAUCAGGAGAAUCAGAAGCAUCAGGAGAACCAGGAGGUAGUGGAACCCGAUUCCAGUGAGGCAGAGUCUGGAGAAGGCUUUCCGCCCACCGAGACACCAGAGCCACCAGCAGGUCCCUCCGCUGCACCCGGAAAUCCCCGCUAUCGUCUGCGAAACUCGAGCAUCAAGGAGAAUCAGAAGCGAUUGAAGGACAACUUUAUAGGCGGCACCAACGGAGACAGCAGUGAGGAGUUGGAUCUGGUGGAGGCUGCACCCAGUUCAACCACAUCCGCCACACCCUCCAACAGAAACAGCGAAGAACUUAAUUACGGCGAGGAUGAGCUGGAGAACUUCUUCGACGAAGUGGAGAGUCACACGCACCACACUCGCGUGCCAGCACCACCAGCACUUGCACCUGCACCACCAGCAAGGCCACCCACUCCUGCAGCAGCACCACCACCACCACCACCAGCACCUCCUUCUCCCUCCUAUGAAGCAGCACCAUCAGCACCACCGUCCUAUGCACCACCACCUUCUUUGUCGGCGGCAAAGCCAGCGCAAUUGAAUGUCAUCGACGAUGUGGACGAUCGCACCGAUCUGCUGGAGCUCAUUGAGGAUCGGCGAUCGGGCAACCGACUGUUUAAGGUACUGGAGCAGCGCAACAUGACACUGGAGGAGCUGAUCGAGCAUCGGAAACGCGGCUCCAGCCAACUGCAUCUGGCCACCAUUGUGAACGGCGGCGAUGAGCACUCCCGUCUUUAUCCCGGCCAAAAGGUCCUGCUGCAGGACAACAUGGACAUUGUCACGGCCUUUGAGAACUUUCCGCACUUCAAUCUAAUGGAUCUGAAGAGCGUGAAGCCCGAUGAGAUCAAGACGGACUCGCAGGGUUCCAGCUACUUCACCUCCAUCAUCGACAUCGAGCCGAAUGACGAGGUCAAACCGAUGGGAAGUCGAGGUCCCGCCUACGCACAGACAUCCUCCGCAUCGGCGACCAUUGGAGCGGGCACCGGCACCAUUUCGAUCAAUUCGCGGGGCGAGAAGUCGCUGGGUUUCUUCCCAUCGUGGAAGACACUGGCACUCGCCUCCUUGGCCACCGCCACCGAGGAGAGAAAUCCCUAUUUUCUGCCGCCGCCACGCCUGCUGCUUGAUGGAAGUUCCCAGGAGGUGGACUCCAAUGCAGCAGACUCGGAACCCACUAGCAUUGACAUCGAUCUGGGCGUGAGUCCGUAUGGCGGCAACUUCUCCUCGCUGGCGGACAACAGCCGCCUGCCGCCGAAUAACGAUGUGAUCGAUGAGAUCGAGAAUGAGGUGGCGCGUGCGCACGAUCUUUUGGAUUUGGAGCUAUCCGGACCGGGAUUCCAUCGCAGUCCGGCUGCAGCGGCAGCCACAUCCGCCGUAUCGCAGCAACAUUUGAGCAGCUUGUACGCCAGCAUGCCAUCCGGUAUCAAGUCAGCGAUUGUGGCCAGCACGGCGAUAGUGGUCACCGCCUUGGCCACCUUCCUGGUCAUCUUCGUCGUGUGCCGUUGGAAACAGCAGCGCAGAAGGAAGAGCAGCUACCUGCGCACCUACAAUGCGAUGAAGAGCAAGCUGCCGCAGAUGGUGCAGCCAUCGCGUCGUCCCUCGAUGCGCCAGCACAUGGAAGAGCUGGUAAUUGGAUCCGGUUCGGGCUCCGGUUCCGGUUCAGGAUCAGGAAGUGGAUCAGGUUCGGGCUCAAAGACGGGCAUAACCAGCAUCUCCACAUCGGUGGCCUGUUGCACGCCCGUCCAUCAGCUGCAGCGUCAGAGUUCCCUGCUCUUUGCCCGCGAUGGUUCCGCCACGCUGAGCACCGCCACGUCGCUGACCACGAAUAGCACCACGAACACGAACAUUACAACGGGGGCGCAGCCACCUGCUCCACCGGAUUCGAUGGGUGGGCGUGGCCUGGCCAUCUCGCUGAGAAGCGCCCAACAGAAGCUGAACACCAUGGAUCCCAGUUCGCCGGAGGUGCAGGAAUAUCUAUUCGAUACGCUGCGCAAAUCCUUCGACAAUUAGGCAUUAGGCAGUAGGCUCCUCUAGUAACAAUAGACCGUUGUUUAGGCCAAGUUUUAUAUAAAUGUACACUUAACACACACACACACACCACACAUACACACACCACACACACACACACCACACACACACACACUUAACGCGAAGGAGCAAAAGUUAGUCGAUUAAUUAGUUUAAGCAGGUAGGAGGUGGAAUUUUUUUGAACUCGAUUAGAGGAACAUUCUGUGAGAGAAAGUAAAACUAACAAAAACAAACCUAGAAAACACAUUUAGACAGUGCGUGGCAUGGCCAUAAGGCGCUUUGUAAGGCAAGGUUGAAAACGAUUUACAACAAAUUGUGUUUAUUUUUGAAAUAUUUGAAUAUUUUCGAAAUUUGUCUACGUGAUUUGCAUACCAGAUUGGAAACUAAACUGUAUAUUCCAUUUUUGUUAUGAGCUAUUUUUACUUUAUUUAUUUUCUGCUUAAUUUGUUUUAGUUGUAGGCCGCAAAAACCUAACUCAAUCCGCCCUACGUUUAUGGCGCGCACUGUUGCUAGUCUCUAAGCCCGGCAAACUAUCGUUUCCAACUAUCUAGACCUAGAGUAUGAUCCAUCAACCAAAAGCGACUCUAUCAACUAAAUCAUAGGACACGGCAUUCAAAUGGGUUUCUUAAGCACAAGAUGAUGACGAAAAUGAAAGCGAAAACGAAAACUAACCUAAAUACGGUGAGCAGAACAGGAUCUUAGCCAAAUAAAGUACAGUUGUGUUCAGGCACUUUUCCACUUUCCCAAAAAAAAAAAAGAGAAAAGCCCCAAAUCGAAUGAAUAUUGAAAUUCGGGAGAGCGAAAUAAAACCAUUUAUGAGGACAAUAAAUAUUAACGAGGAAAUUACGAAACGAAAAAAGAAAUAAAUGAAAAUUACGAGGAAAACUGUGUUCGAUACGAUUUAACCGCAGCAAACUUCUUUCUGGCACUGAACAAAAAAACCAAAACCAAAACCAAAAUUAAAUCGAAAAUAAAUCGAGGGAAGACAUAAAUGGGCGCUAAGUGGGUGUGGUCUUUAGCACAACAACAACACUAAUAGUUUAAACGCUAAUAACUUACUGCAAGAAUCAAUAAGGAGAAAAUAGAAGAAACACCUGUAUUUUUUCGUAGUGCAGGCACUUUAUAUUUGAUUUGAUUUCUGUUACCACCCCCCCCCCCCCCCCCUCUCACUAGGCAGUAGAACAUCUGGCGACAGUAUAUACAAAUAUAUAUACAAAUAUAUAUACAUAUAUAUAUUUAUAUAUAUAAAUAUAAUUAUAUAUUUAAGCACGCUCAAAUAUAUGUAUGUAAAUAAGUUUCAAUUUGAUUUUUUUGAGAAAUAAAAUGUAGAACAAAUUGUGGCAAAGA